AUCCGAAAAAAGAAGCACGAUUGUAAAAAACUAAAAAUCUCAUAAUCCUUUCUUUCUUCGUUCUUCAUUCAGAGAUUAAUUGAUUUUGAUUCCUCCCAGAACCGAACAACACAAAGCCAAACACAGCCUUUACUCAUCAUCAUCAUCAUCAUCAUCAUCAUCAUCAUCACACACUAAACAUUUCUCCUUUUCUUUUUUGGCGAUGAAAUUCUGUCAUGGUAAGGGCGCAUGAUAGCCCCAACGCAAAACAAUCAUCACUAGUGAGCUUGGAGUGAGUGAGUGAGUAAUGGAGCCUCUAUUCGACCAAUUCAAAGCUUUUGCUAAAUCCAGCCAUGACUUUUUCGACGGCAUUUUCCAUCCCCGCCGCAAUCCGAUUGAAAUCCUUAAACGUUUACAAAGAGAAACUUUCUCGGAUCUUAUGAAACUCAGAGACAGACAAGAAAAGGUUGAGAGGAUGCUUUCAUUCUAUAAAUCAUCCAAAGGAGGUCCUUUUCAGGAAACCAGCACCCGUGUAAGAGGACAGAUGGAUUUUAUGGGGUCAUUAUUGAUCAUGGGCGACAUUAAUCAGCAGAACUCAGAUAUCAUUAGCAGGGCUGGAAUAAAAACAGGCAUUGAUUCGAGGUUUGUUUUUGAAACAACAAUUGGUAAUGAGAAUGCUCUUGCUGCAGAGUUUGUUGCCACUCAGAAAGGAAGGGAAAAUCAUGGUGAUGUUCUUGAAAUGCCACUUUCUCUAACGAAACUAAGCUACACAACACAUGUCAAUGAUUGGUUAUCUCUUAUGGCUGUCCCAGUGGGAGCCCAAUGCAAAGAUGUUGCAGUUGGGUCAAAUUCUUUUGAUCAGCCAGGAAAAGGCCUCACGGAUUUCUCCUCUUUUGGACCACCCCUUCUGAAAUUACACAAUGGUAGUGCCUUUGGCAUAGCUAUGAGGAAGUCACGUUUUAUUGCUUCAUUGGCUCAAUUUGUAGCUGGACUGGGAAUGCCUUCUGGUUCUAAUACAAUGGAGGAUAGAUACAGCACAUUCCUACAACUCGUGUGUCAAUUACCUAGAGGAACAAAGUUGUCUGUUCUUGGUAAUCACCACCUGCCUUUUUUAUCAAAGCAGUUUAGAAAAUUGGGAUCUUUUACAAUUCCAUUAGUCUUGUCCGACCAACAUGAAGCAUCUGAGACAGAACCUGAAGCAUCACCCUUAACAAGGAGACAGGUCUCAGGUGGUUCUACUGCUAUAAUGCUGGAGUCUGAACUUGAUGGCUUUACAAAACUUGGAGGUUGGGUUGAGAUGAACACACUAAAUCCCAAAUCUCUACAAUGGGCCGUAACAUUGUCCGAUGUUUCUGAAGAUUCAUUUGGCUGGGGAAUGGGUCUUGGCGGAAUAGGUGCGGAUCAUUUUCAGGCUGAAGCCUAUCUAAAAUUUAACAUGGGUGAUAAAUUCUGCUUGAAGCCAGGAUUUGCAUACGCAACAGAUGGAAAUUCUGGAAUAGGUGCUUUAAUGCUUCGGUCUACUUGGUCCUUGUGAUGAUUUUCUUCUGACAAUUACUAUUUUUAGUCUGUUUCAUUUUUCUUUUGGAAAGCCUCAAACCAUGAUUUUGGGAUUCUGAAGAGGAAUCCAAACAUAUUUUGUCAUUUUCAGUUUGUUCAGAUUCUCAUUAUUUUCCUCAAGGUAUACACAACAACUAAUCAUUUUUUGUCAUUUGAAUUGCUUGAUUCAAUACAUAUUUUGGUUUUCGUGUUUUGUUCUGUUUUUUAUUUUGAUGAUUUUAUGUUGUUUUCUGUUCAACUGAAUAUUUUUUUUUAUAGGCCAAUGUUUAUAAGUUAGUUGUCAUUGUUAGUAUAAGUAGAAAGCAGUUCAAUUUAAAUGACAUCAUUAUUCAUUAAAAGGAUCGGAGUUUGAAUCCACAAUUUCCAUCUUCUUCACACUUAAAUAGAUGAGUCUAGCUAUUAGGCUAUUAAACAAUUUUUUCUUUUAGAGAAAUUGAAACUAUAACAAAAUUUAAAGAGGGUGCAUAAAAUUUAAAAAGGGUAAAUAACAAACAACACAGGAUUAAGAAUUUACAAGACUAAGCUUGUAUUUAUUUAUCUUUUUACUUUAUUUAGCUACACAGUUAAUAUAAAAGGACUUCGAACAUUAUAUUUACCAUUACUCCAGGUUAUAGUUCCAAACAGAUCUUCCUUCACAGAGGAUGAAGUAGAGGAAAAAAUAACUCGGUAGCUUUGUUUUUUACUACUUUUUGUAAACUCCAAUUUCUCUGGAAUCACUUGGAGUUUCACCCCAUUGGGAGCAUCAACAAUGACAGAGUAAACUGUUUCAUCCUCUUCACCAACAUUUGUAACAGUUCUACUCACAUUCACGGUUCCUUUACUAGUGAAGUUGGAGAUUGCUAUGGAAGGGUAAUUGAUGUUGGAAACAUAAUCGGGAGUCGAUUCUUCGGGGCAACUGAAACUAUCAGAGACGGUUUUAGAUAUAACCUUAAUUGUGGAUGUGUUGAGUCCUAUGUAACACAAGUAGUUCAAGUAGUCAAUGAUGGUGGUUUCAUAAACUAGCCCUGGCUGGAAUGAUUCAGUUGUUGUUAUUUCCCCUGCUCCAUAGUCAUAAGGUGUGGCAACUGAUCCUAAAUCCGUUGUAAUGGGAGCCUUCAUAUUGUUAAUUUGAGUUGCUGCAUUUAGAAAAAUAUUAAAUUGAUGAGUUACUAGAUACCAUUAAUUGAUCCUCGAGACAAAAUCAAUGGUUGAUAUGUGUAAAAAUGAAAAGUCUAACCAGAGGUCAUGAUAGCUGAUUUGAUUGCAGAAGGACUCCAAGUUGGAUUUCUAGAUUUAAUGCUGCCUGCAAGGCCUGAAACAUGGGGGCAUGACAUGGAAGUUCCUGAUAUAAUAUUAUACGGCGAGAGCUUUUUCCCUUUUGGAAUAUCUUCUACCUUAUUUUCAAUCCAUGCUGCAAGAAUGGCAACACCUGGUGCUGCAAUAUCAGGCUACAAAGAAAGAAUUGUAGGUCAUGUUCAGUGUUGGUAAGCAAGAUCGUUAUAUAUAUACACACACGCACGCGCACUUACUUUUAGAAUAUUCUUUGAAAGUCCUGAAGGCCCUCUACUUGAAAAGAUUGCCACCAUAGGUGCAGGUUUAUAAUCCAUGACUGUAAUUGUUGGUAGAAUUGUUGCUAUUGGAUUGCUUCAGAUUUAUUAUAUGCAAAAUUAUAGUAAAAUUAACUAGUGAUCAGUUUACCAUCGUUGAUUUUAAUCUCAAACAAGACUCAAAAUUAAAUGCUAACCAAGUUCUUUUUUCUUCCCCAUUAGACAGGAUUUAUAAUAAGAUAUAAAAAAAAACUAAAUAUAGCACUAACAAUGUAAAAUUAUCAAUAAAAACUUGUCAACACAAUAAAUAAUCACGUAACUAUUUUUAUUUAAAAAUUGUUGCUAUGGAAAAUUAAACAUAUGUCAUUGAACAUAAGCGUCAAAUAACUUUUCAUCGAUAGUUUUGUUGAUCACGGAGCAACCAAUAAUCUCCGGCGACUUCUACACCUCCGGUGAAGUUGUUAUUUGUCAACCACCUCAUAUUUCUAGGGGGGACUUAUUAAUUACUCUCUCUGGUUCUAAAUAUAAAAAAAAAGUUGGAUCGACUAAUUGAUGUAACUGAUCCAACUUCUAUUAAGUUAUCUUUUUUAUAUUUAGAACUAGAGAUAGUAAUUAAUUAGACUAUAUGCGAAUAAAAUAAUCGGUGAGGGUAAUUUUGCCGAUUUUGUUUUUGUUGUAGUUGAAUUUGUGUGUGACUGCCUAUGUUGUUUUUGAAUUAGGGGUGCACAGAAACGAUGUGUGCAUAUAUGAUUAUUGAUUAUGCACCAUCGCCAAAUUCCAUAAGUAGGUACUAUGUUUCUUCUUAGUAUUUUAUAAGAAUAAUUUUUAAUUCCGUAAGUAGUACUAUGUGUAAUUGUAAUCUCUUAUUUUGUGAGAAUGAUUGCAAAUUUGUGUUGGAAA